AUGCCAAGGUUCACAAAUAUGGUGAAACAUUUUUAUUUACAAAUUAAAAGUCUCCUAUUAAGCAUUUUUCAUUGUUUGUUCAUAAUAUUUUAUAGGCAGUAUAGAAGAAUUCAGCAAUAUCAAACGAUUCGGUACGAUCAUCAUAUAGAACUUUCAGCAAUGUCUGUUCAACGUCUAAGUCUAGUGCCAAGAAAAAUACUAGUAUUAGAUUUAGAUGAAACUUUAAUUCACUCUUAUUUAGAUGGUAGUACAAGAGUAACAUCUAAGCCAACAUCUCCACCUGAUUUUAUAUUAAAAGUUACAAUUGAUCGACAUCCUGUACGAUUUUCUGUCCAUCUCAGACCUCAUGUGGAUUAUUUUCUAAGUGUAAUUAGUCAAUGGUAUGAUUUGGUAAUUUUUACUGCCAGUAUGGAAAUUUAUGGUUCUGCUGUAGCUGAUCGACUAGAUAAAGGACGGGGAAUGUUUAAACGACGAUAUUAUAGACAGCAUUGUACUCAAGAACAAUACGGAUUUACAAAAGAUCUUUCUGCAAUUCAUGAUGAUUUGGCGUCAAUAUUUAUUUUAGAUAAUUCACCAAAUGCUUAUAGGCAUUUUAAAAACAAUGCAAUUCCAAUAACAUCAUGGUUCAGUGAUCCAAAGGAUACGUGCCUGCUUGAUUUGCUGCCGUUUUUAGAUGCUUUACGAUUUACAUCCGAUGUAAGAUCAAUACUGAGUAUCUCAUUAUACUAUAGAACAACAAAUAUAUGGAUGUUAAAAAAUUUAGGAGAUGGUUUUUUACAUAGAUCAGAAGGAUUAAGACCAAUUAUUUUAGGUGCAUUUUAUAGAAUGAAAAAUGAACAAAAUGUUAAUGGAAAUUAUGCUAUUAUACAAUAUUUAGCACAUAAUUUUGAUAAACAAAAAUUAUAUUGUAUAUCAAGACAUCCUGAUCCUGAAAAUAAUGAACCUAUAAUAAAGGAGGCAUUAAUUCAAAGAAUUCAUGAAGGUAAAAGAAAGAUGAAUGAUAUAUGUAGUUGGAGUGGUCAUUUAGCUGAAUGUGAAAUUGCCUCAACUAAAUUAAAUUAUAUAACAUUAUCUACAAGUGAUGAUAUUAAUGAAAUUAAAAAUGGAAUGAGAAUUGAAUUAGAACAACCAAUUAUUCGUACACCCAAAGAACCUUUAGUUGUAUGUAUUGCACCUAUGUAUAUUUAUACUGAAUGGCAAAUUAUGUUAACAGGAAUUGAAUCAUGGUUAGCAUUAGGUGCUACAAAAAUAAUAAUACCAAUACAAUCAGUAUCAAAUACAGUAAUGAAUAUAUUAAAAAAAUAUGAAAGAGAACAAAAAGUUAUAUUAAGAUAUUGGCCAAAAUGGCCAGUUAUGAAUGAUGUUAAUCCAAAUGGUUUAGUAUUAUCACGUGGAAUCGAAGAAUCACAUGUAAAUUGUCUUCAUUUUGCCAAACCAUUUGCUGAAUUAAUAGCAUUCUCUGAUAUUGAUGAUAUCUUAAUGCCGGUAAAUCCAAUGGAUGCAAAAAUUGGAUAUAAUUUAGAAUUAAUACAUUCUUUAUUUAAAGAACACCCACAAGCAGGUACAUUUCUUUUUGAACAUCGUGAUACUCAAUUACAAUUACCUAAUGAUAAUUUCAAGGACAAAACAUUAAGCAAAUUUAAUUUUGAUUUUCUUAAAAAUUCAAAAGUAAAACAAAGUUGUAGAGUAUGGAGAAUGAAAACUAGAGUGAUUGUUAAUGCAUCAAGAGUAGAUACUGUUAAUAUGCAUGAAAGUGGAAUAAAUAGAUUUGGAUAUGUUCAAGUUAGAUUACCAUGUAGACAAGCUCAUUUUUAUCAUUUAAGACAUUCUUAUAGAAAUUUACCAUCCCAGACAAGUGAUUCUAUAAAUAUGACAAUAAUUUCAACAUUAUUAAAUAGUCAAUUUAAACAUAGACUUUCAACAACAUUAUCAUCAAUUUCAAAACUUCCUAUCUCAGAAUCACGUUUAGAUACAUUUAGAGCUUUUGAUGAAUGUGUUAAAGCUGUAAAUAACGAGCAUUUCACAUUAAAAGUAUCACGUUGCAUGACACCAUCAGCAUGUUUUGCUAGUUUCUCAUCAAACAGUAUGAAUUGUACGGCUGCCAUAACAGAUUAUUCAUUUGCCCGUACCAAAAAUGAUUUUAUAUCAGCUCCAGGAACUUUCAAAUUUAUACCAUCUAAUGAUUGUGAUGCUCCUAUUCCAAAAUAUACAAGUGGAAAUUCAUACUAUUUACCAUAG